AUGCCCGCCGUUUCUACCGCCAGCACUAUCACCAAAGCAUCCAAGAAGAAGAGUUUCCCUAAGAAGUCGUCCACUGACAGAGGCAGCCUCAAGGAAAGUGACGCCCACAUUAGGGAAAAGAAGUUGAAGGACAAGAAGAGAAAGCGCUCCAAGAGAAAGCGUACUACCAAUGAGAAUCCUCUUCCUUCCAACGAAGUCAAGGAGAAGCCUUCCAACGAAGGUGACUCUACUAACACCACCCCAGCUCAGCAGGUUUCCAAGCCUGUCGAGCCCACCAAGGAAAAGAAGAAGUCCAAGCAGAAGUUCCUCUCCAACGAGGGUGACUCCUACUACAUUUCCGACUUCUUCAAUUUCCAGCUCAUUCUUGAGGACUUUGUACCGCUCAACCCAGGUCAGAUUUCUUACCUUGAGCUGUAUUUGACCCAAAAGAAUGAACCAUGUCCAGAGGUGAAGGAAUCUCCAGAACCCGAGGUCAGCCCAGUUCAGGUCGAAGAACCAAAUCUGCCUGAACCAGUCAACCCAGUUCAGCCUGAACCAGAGGUUACCACCCCAGCAUUUUCCCCUAAGCUGGUCACCAACAACAUCCAGGUGGCAACACUUUUGCCCUUGGACUUCCCCGUUUUCAAGACUUGGUCGUCUUUGUCUCAGACUGAAAAGACCUACUUUCCAGGCGACUUUCACUACUUCAGAAAGUCCCUCAAGGAGGAGGAAAUUUCCUUCCUUCCAAAGGAAUUCUACUUCUGGCAGGACGCCUUGUCCGAGAAGUCUGAAGAGUCUUUCACCAUUGAGGACUUUUUCGAAUUCCAACUCAUUAUUGACGAGCUCUUGCCUCUUGACCCACUGAAGAAGAGGACCACAAAGACAAAAAAAGUCUUUCUCGUUGAUGACGGACACCUUUUCGUCACCGACCUCUUCAGCUUCCAGCUCAUUGCUGACGGGCUUGAGUCGCUUGAUGGUGAGUUAUCCGACUACGAUUUCUGCUUGCAUGAAGAGCAGUUUGAGUUGUACUCUGAGGAGCCUGACUUCUGCAAAUUCUUCCAGCUCUGGACUUCCAGUCCCAAGUACAACGAGGAUUUUCUUCCAAAUGACUUUUACUUUUGGAAGGAUGCCACAAACGACGAAGAUACUCGUUCAUUUUUGCCAAGGGACUUUUUCCACUGGCAGAGUAUCUUCAACGAAAAGAUUGAGAAGGUGACUUCAUACGUUGGAGUCAUUUUCAAGCUUCCGAAUCACAACCCCACCGAGACCUUUGCUACUAAGCCUACGGGGAAUCCACAGAACCUGCAGCCUGACGAGCUGUACGAGCUGGACAGCACGGAACAGUCUUCCCUAUUUGAGAUGGUCCGUUAUUGGGAUGCAGAUUUGAGCGACUCAGAUUUUGAGGUCCGCCUUGAGAAGGUGGACUGA